UUUGGCCGAGUAUUUAUAGAACACCAGGUAUUGUUUUUGAUUUGACGCUCAACAAUUCUGCAUAUGAUUAACAAAUUACGAUGACGAGUUGUUUCCCCUUCAUAUGGGAGAAACCAUAAUCGAUCAAAUCAGGAAGAUAGUACAUUUCCAAAUUUCGCUAUAUAAGUGAGAACCAUUGCUGGUCGCAAUCAGUUCUGCUCUUCUGCUCCAGCGAAUAGGUCACCGUAAUCUCCACAGCAACAUGGAUUUCUACUACUCCCCUCGAAGCAGUGGAUCCCGCACCAUUAUCAUGGUUGCCAAGGCUCUUGGACUGGAACUGAACAAAAAGCAGCUGCGUAUCACGGAAGGGGAACACCUCAAGCCCGAAUUCCUUAAGCUCAAUCCCCAGCACACCAUUCCAACGCUGGUGGACAAUGGAUUCGCCAUCUGGGAGUCCCGUGCCAUCGCCGUCUAUUUGGUGGAGAAGUACGGCAAGGACGACUCCCUUUUUCCCAAUGAUCCCCAGAAACGCGCAUUGAUCAAUCAGCGAUUGUACUUCGAUAUGGGAACCCUGCAUGACUCCUUCAUGAAGUACUAUUACCCCUUCAUCCGUACUGGUCAGCUUGGAAAUGCCGAGAAUUAUAAGAAGGUCGAAGCUGCCUUUGAAUUCCUGGACAUUUUCCUGGACGGCCAGGACUACGUGGCUGGUAGCCAGCUAACUGUGGCCGACAUCGCCAUCCUCUCCAGCGUGUUCACUUUCGAAGUGGUUGAGUUUGACAUCAGCAAGUAUCCAAAUGUGGCACGUUGGUACGCCAAUGCCAAAAAGAUCACUCCAGGAUGGGAUGAAGACUGGAAGGGUCUGCUACAAAUGAAAACAAUGUACGAAGCCAAAAAGGCCUCAUUGAAGUAACUAAAGUUCUUAAUAUAUGAAAAAAAACUUUUGUUUAUGUUUAA